AGGGGAGGCGGUCUAUUUAAAAAAACGGCCCCCUGGUGAGGGCGCUCUAGUAAACAGGCUGUUUUCUAUGGUUGAUUGAGGAUAUCGAGUUCCGAAGUAGGAGCCUAGGGAUAGUUGGCCGCCUUUUUGGCCCCCGCGUGGAUUUUGCACCCUCUGUGAGGAGGCGGCGGCGGCGAGGGUCGUCUGCUGCUGAACUUCUGUUCGAACUUUCUCCUUCGGAUUGUUUUUUUUUUUUGUGGUGGGGGAGGAGGACUGGCCUAAUCGUUUGGAGGGGACCGACUAUAUGGCCUCAAUCAGAGGGGAAGUUGAAUGCUGUUCUAGAUCCUACACAGUGGAGUCUGUGGAUAGUGAAUCAAAACAUAGCUAUAUUGGAAGUUUUCUUCAGCCUCCAGAAAGAUUAAAAUCUACUUUUGCUGAUCUCAGGCCAAAAAGUGUUAUCAACUUCCCACCAAACAACCAAGCUCUAGUGGCAGCCCUAAAAACUCUUCAAGAAAAGAUCCAUCGUCUUGAGAUAGAGAGGAUACAGGCUGAAAAUGACCUGAACUGCUUGUCCAAAGAAGCUGCACAAUACAGAAGAGCCUUGCAGCAGGAAUCAAAUGAAAAGAACAUAGUUCACCAGGAGCUGAUGGAAGAAAAGAAAGAUGUGAGUGUGCCAUUAAGGGCAGCACAAUCACGCUGCUCUUUGCUGGAAAAGCAACUUGAUUACAUGAGAAAAAUGAUGCUCAAAGCAGAGCUGGAAAAAAAACUGGUUCUGGAGCAGCAGACACAUCUUCGGAAGGAAGAUGACCAAAAUCAGAUGGAACUCUGUGCAAAACUUGAAAAACUUGAAGUUCUAGAAAAACAGUGUUGGACUCUUAUUAGCACUCAGAAAACUGCAGAAGAAAAGAUCAAACAUUUGGAACAGAAGCUUUUGGAAGAACAGCAUCAGCGCAAGCUAAUACAAGAUAAAGCUGCACAGCUCCAGACAGGUCUUGAGAUGAAUAGAAUUCUCUUGUCGUCACUUUCACCUGAAAAGGAGGUGAAGAAGAAAAGCAGGAAAAAGAAAGUCAUCAAGAAUAAUUCUAGUGUGAAGAGAACAGAACCAAGCUUUCAGGGUGGAAUGUUGCCUUUUGUUGCUGGCAAGUCUGCCAGCUCAAGUCACUCUGUUGUUGCUAAUGUACAAAGUGUCCUGCAUAUGAUGAAACACCGGAACCCUUGUAUGACUUCACAGUGUCCAGAAGGCACUGAAAGGAGGACUUCAAAAUGGACUGGUAUUUGCAAACCAGUGUCUUGUUCCACGACUUCCUGUACUACUGAAACACUUUCUGACCUUCUUCUGGGUAUGCAAGAUGAAUUGGGACAAAUGAGUUUUGAACAUCAAGAACUAUCAAAGCAGAUAGAAGAAAGCCAAAACCAGGACAUUCGGGAAGACCUAGAACGUGAAUUGGAUUAUCUCGUGAAGCAGAUGGAAAUUAAAGGAGAACAGAUUUCACAACUGAAAAAGCACCAGGAUCAUGUUUAUAAACUAAAGCAAAGAGCUCAGAAACUGAAGAAAGAGCCAGCAUAUUCAACAUCAAGGCCUAAUGAAUUAAAACGAAGCAAAGAGACUGUAAUCACUUCAAGUAUUUGUUCCACAAAUAAAACCACAAAUUCCCUUCGGCUACUAAAAAGUGCUCAGAAGCUUCAAUCAGUAUUGAAGAAAGAUGAUAUUGUGUGGGAAUCAUAGCUUUCACGUCUGAUUUCAUACAUCACUACCUGCUGAGAUUUGAUUUUAUAAGUUUGGUUUGCCUUAAUAGUGUACCCACUAAUUCUGAGAAUAAGAUGUGAGGUAAAUAAAUUCCCUGUUUUCUGUACUGGCAUUUAAAAAUUAUUUUAACAAAGCUUGUACACUAUUUUUAAUUAAAGGACCUAUCACUGUGUAGUCAAA